AUGUUUACACACGAUGAUCAUGGAACAGGAGAAUAUCAAUAUUCAUCUGUGUCUCGCGAACUUUUGAUUCUUUACGCUACAGAAACAGGUACAGCUCAAGAGGCUGCUGAUCGCAUUGCGAGGGAAUGUCGAAGAGUCCAUUUUCACUGUCGUGUGCAGAGCAUGGAUGCGUAUCCACCAGAAACAUUGAUUUCGGAACACUUGGUCAUCUUCGUGGUUUCGACCACUGGCUGGGGAGCUGAACCCAGAGCCAUGAGUUCAUUAUGGAACAUGUUGCUAAGGUCUGAUCUCCCAGAUGACCUAUUCGAGAACAUGGAUUUCUGCGUGUUCGGCCUUGGAGACACGGCUUAUGAGAAAUUCUGUUGGCCGGCGAAGAAGCUAUCGAGAAGGAUGCAAAGUUUGGGAGGGUAUGAAAUUUGCUCACGGGGAGAGGGAGACGAACAGCAUCGCAUGGGGUGUCUCUACCCACUGCCGCACGAGCAGGAUAAUGUUCCUGCUGGUCGACCACCACCUCGCGUAUCCUUGAAUAAUAUAGGAUCUGAUACGUCGCUGAAUCCAGAUCCUCUAGAUGAAGACACGAAGUUUUAUACAGCUUCGGUGAAGUGCAACAGACGGAUCACUGCGGAAAAUUGGUCUCAGGACGUACGCCAUUUUGAGUUCUCCUUCGAAGACGAUAUAAAAUAUAAUCCUGGAGAUGUUGCUCUGCAUCAGAGGUCGACUCUUUUUUUCCUUGUCACCAUGGGCUGGGCGAAUGUUGCCGACGAUUUUUUCACAGUAGAACACACAAUGUUAGAUCAAACGUUGCCCGACCAUCUACCGAAAAUUGUUUCCCUUCGAAUUCUAUUUACACGCUAUCUCGAUUUUAAUGCUCUCGAACGCGAAAAACUUGAUGAAUUUGUAUCGAUAGAAGGAGCGGACGUGCAGGACGAGAUGUAUGAUUAUUGUCAACGCGUGAGACGUACGACCUGGGAGGUCUUGUCCGAGUUUCGGCCCGCAAGGAUACCGGGAGAGUAUGUCUUUUACUUGUUCCCUCCGCUGAGACCGAGAGAGUUCUCAAUUGCUAGUACCAUCGAGUUCCAUCCCCGUGAAAUCCAUCUCUGUGUUGCUAUAGUACGCUAUCGCACGAAGUUGAAAAAUCAUCGGAAAGGUGUCUGUACUAGUUAUCUAUCAGGGCUUCAAUUAGGAGAUACCCUUCGUAUCGGCCUCAGAAAAGGCUUUAUUUCACUUCCUACGAAUCCAAACACACCAGUGGUGUGUGUGGGUCUAGGGACAGGCAUCGCACCUAUGUGUGCCGUCAUCGAGCAACGCAUAUACAAGGGACACACUAAUACUACCUUAUACUUCGGUUGCCGUUCUGCACACAAGGAUCAGCAUUAUCACACGGAAUGGGAAUCUCAUGCGGAAGAACGAAAACUCCGCUACCGUGUUGCGUGUUCUCGUGAUGGACCAGAGGGCGUCAAACGGACGUAUGUGCAAGAUCUGAUGAAAGAGGAUGCACAGUAUAUUUGGACAAUACUGGGGCAGCAACGAGGCAUCCUUAUCAUCUCAGGUUCUUCGAACAAAAUGCCUAGUGCCGUCCGUGAAGCUGUGGGAGGUGCAGUGGAGAGGUUUGGAGGAAAGUCGAAUGCCGAGGCUGUGGAGUAUGUUUCUGCGAUGGAGAGGGAGAGACGGUUGAUUGAGGAAUGUUGGAGCUGA